AUGGCGCCUUCAGUGACCACCUGGACUUCGCCCCAGGAGGGCACGAAUGUUGCAGUUGCCGAAACGAUAGUAGAGCACAUUGUUGAAGCAUCUUUAGGGGAGAAUAGCGAUGCGCCGGAAGUAAAGGCCUUCAAAGACGUUUAUUCACAAGCUUUUAAGGAUGGAUACAUUUCGGGGUAUAGUCAGCCCCAACUUGCGAAGCAGAUACCCAUAGCAAUCGUUGGAAUGUCGUGUCGUCUACCGGGAAACGUCAGUACUCCAGAUGAGUUUUGGGAGCUCUGCUCAAGAGCUCGAAGCGGCUGGUCAGAAAUACCGAAGGAGAGAUUUGACACCGCAAGCUUUUAUCACCCCAAUCCCGGAAAGGCGGGAUGUUUUAAUGCGGCUGGUGGAAACUUUCUCAAAGAAGACGUAGGACUGUUCGACGCACCUUUUUUCAGUCUCACUGCUCAGGAAGCUACAUCGAUGGACCCUCAACAACGAAUUUUACUGGAAUGUACUUUCGAAGCUUUGGAGAGUGCGGGAAUUCCUAAACACGAAAUUGUUGGGAAGGAUGUGGGAGUUUUCGUUGGUGGCUCGUUCUCCGAGUAUGAAUCGGGAUCGUUUGUGGACGCAGAUAGUAUUCCUAUGUACCAAGCUACAGGGUGCGCUUUUGCAAUGCAAUCAAAUCGAAUUUCACAUUUCUUUGAUUUACGAGGUCCUAGUUUUACCAUGGACACCGCCUGCUCAUCGAGCUUGGUUGCCUUACAUCAGGCUUGCCAGAGUCUUCGGAAUGGAGAAUGCAAAUCUGCAAUUGUUGGUGGAUGUCAUUUAAAUAUGCUACCUGAAACUUGGAUUUCAAUGUCAAACUCUCGCUUAUUUUCCGAUGAAGGGAGAUCUUUCUCAUUCGACAGUCGUGGCACUGGUUAUGGACGUGGUGAGGGUUGUGGUUUGAUCGUGCUGAAACCUCUAGAGCAAGCUCUCAAGGAUAAUGAUAACAUUAGAGCUGUGAUAAGAGGUAGUGGCAUUAACCAGGACGGAAAGACACCUGGAAUUACCAUGCCAAAUGGUUCUGCACAAGAAUCACUCAUGAAAUGGGUUUAUGAAAGCGCUGGCAUCGACCCAAAAGACACCGGCUAUGUGGAAGCUCACGGGACCGGUACCAAGGUUGGAGAUCCCAUAGAAGCUACAGCUUUGUACAAUGUGUUUGGAGAAGGCAGGAAUGCUAGAAAUCCCCUCUUCGUUGGAUCGGUGAAGUCAAAUAUUGGACAUCUGGAAGCUGCCUCCGGUAUUAUAUCUGUUAUCAAGACAGCAAUGAUGCUUGAACGCGGCUUCAUUCUGCCCAAUCAUGAUUUCAAGACUCCGAAUGAGAAAAUACCUUUCUCAAAGUGGCAUUUGAAGGUUCCGGUAAGUCAGCGCCCAUGGCCUAGACAUAAGCGCUUCGCCAGUGUCAAUAAUUUUGGAUUUGGAGGCACAAAUGCACAUGUUGUUUUAGAACGGGCCCCGUAUAUUAAUAAGAUUGAGCCGGACUCCAGCGAGAUAGCUCUACAAGGUAGAAGAUUGAUCGCGCUAUCUGCAAAUGACAAAAGUGCUCUAGAGGCACUUAUGAAAAAUAUCGGCAUCUACCUGGAACGGAGGCCGGAAUUCUUCCAGAAUGGUCUAAUGAGUAAUGUUGCUUAUACUUUGGGACAACGUAGAUCUCUAUUACAAUGGAAGGUUGCGAUCCCAGCCACAUCAUCUUUCGAGCUCAUACAAGCACUGAACUCUGGAAAAGUCUCGCCAAUGAGAGAGAUUGAACCACUGCGAAUUGGUUUCAUAUUUACUGGACAAGGAGCUCAAUGGAACGCAAUGGGCCGUGAACUUUACGAACAUUAUCCGGUCUUUGCCGCAUCUCUAGAUGCUUGCGACAAAUGCCUAGUUUCAUUUGGCGCUCCCUUCUCCUUGAUCAGCGAGCUCAAUAAAGAUGCCACAACAUCGCUUGUCAAUGAAGCCCAUAUUAGUCAACCUGCAUGCACAGCAAUCCAGCUGGCUUUGACUGAUCUAUUACGAAGCUGGAAUAUCACCCCGGUGGCCGUCGCUGGUCAUUCCAGUGGUGAGAUAGGAGCGGCAUACGCGGCUGGAAUUUUGCCUCUUGAUUCCUGCAUGGCAAUUGCAUACUAUAGGGGUCUAGCUACUGUCGAAUUACGGGAGAAGUUCCCAGAUCUUCGAGGAUCAAUGAUGGCUGUAGGCUGUAGUAAGGAAGAGAUUGAACCACUUAUCGACCAACUCAGCGCGAAGACGGCUCGCAUAGCUUGCUUCAACAGUCUGUCCAGCUUAACUAUCUCAGGAGACGAGCCAGCCAUCGACGAGUUACAAGCUUUAAUGGAAGAAAAACAAAUGUUUAAUAGAAAACUACAGGUCGACGUGGCCUAUCACUCCCACCACAUGAGUCUGGUCUCGAAGGAAUACCGGAACUCUCUCCAGUCUCUUGCUCUACCCAAACCUACAGAUGUAAAAUUUCACUCCUCGUUACUUGGCCAUCUGGUUGAAGGGCCGAGGCUUGGGGCCCAAUACUGGGUCGAUAACUUAACGCAAGCAGUCCGUUUUUCCGAAGCUGUGACGGGCAUGUGUGCACCAACUGACGGACACAAAACUGGAGUGAACAUGCUUAUUGAACUCGGACCCCAUUCAGCUCUUGCUGGUCCAAUCAAGCAAAUCCAAAAAGCUUGUGGGAAGGAUGCAAUGAAAAUUCCCUAUGCAUCUGCUCUUGUGAGGAAAAAAGAUGCUGUGGAAACAGCAAUAGACUUAGCAUCGACUUUAUUUACGAAGGGUGCGACACUUGACCUUGGCGCCAUUAAUAUUACUCCUCAUCUCAAUCCUCCUACAUUAUUGAGCGACAUGCCUCGAUAUCCCUGGAAUCAUACAACAAAGUACUGGCAUGAACCACGUCUCAUGCAAAAGCACAAAAGCCGUACGACUCAACGUCAUGAUCUUCUGGGUACAUUGGCUAAUUACUCGAACGAUCUUGAGCCAACUUGGAGGAACAUUCUCCGGAUCGAUGAUAUUCCAUGGCUUCGACACCAUAAGAUUCAAUCUCUUACACUUUUCCCCAUGUCUGCUUUCAUCGGAAUAGCAGUGGAGGCCGCAUCUCAAAAAGCCGCAUUCAGCAAUAUUCAAUACGAUAAAUUUGAGCUCCGCAAUGUCUUGGUCAGCAAACCACUUAUGCUUACCGAAGAUCCUGUCGAGAUUACUCUCCAACUGCGUCCUAGUGCACAAGACAAUUCCGCUUCGUAUACUUGGGACGAGUUCAAGGUUCACUCUUGGGCUGCGAAUAAAGGAUGGACCUUACACUGCGAGGGAUUUAUUGGUACAAAACUAGACAAUCAUGAUCUUGAACUUGGAGUCAAAUCGACCAUCGAAAAGAUCACUGAAGCAGCGACAAGUUUCAUCAAUAAGUCUGAAUUGUACAAUUCCCUUUCGAAUAUAGGUGUUUCAUAUGGACCGAGUUUCCAAGGUAUGAAUGAAUGCCACGCCUGUGAACAUGCCUCAAUGGCACACGUUGUGGUUCCAGACACCAAGCAAGAAAUGCCAAAAGAACACCAAGAAGAUAUGAUAAUUCACCCAGCAUUACUCGAACAAGUCAUUGAGAUGUACUGGCCAAUCCUUGAUGCGGGAAAGAACCCAAUGGAUACCGUCUAUCUGCCCUCAUCUAUUGGACAAAUGACGAUGUCGCGGGAAAUUACCAAGCUCGUGAAUAAUCCCGGUGCAUCUCUCCAGGCCUUUUGCGAAGGCAGUUUUCCCUCGGGUCACCCCAAACCCACCAACGUUUCAAUGUUUGCUGUUGAAGAUGAAUCAUCCAAACCACUCAUCAUAAUACGCGAUUUGACAGUUUCACCAAUAGUAGAAAUGGAUCUGAGUUCGGAGAGCGAUGUGCACAGGGAACUUUGUUACAAAUUAGAUUGGGAGCCUAUACUUCAGUCUUCGAUGCCUUCGGAACACAGUAUUACCUCAAAUGGGGUAUCAGAAGUGUCCAAUGGAAUGACUAAUGGCAUAACGAAUGGAGUAGAUAGUCACGAGUAUGCAACUGAAGAAAUUGUCAUUGUCCGUGGGAAUUCGGACGAACAAGAAGCUCUUGCAUCGAAACUGGCCGACUCUUUGGAAUCUUUGACUGGGAAAAGACCCGAGCAUGGUGAUUUAUCUGAGAUCGAAACAACUGAAAAGCUAUGUCUUUUUAUAUCAGAACUUGAUAAACCAUUUUUGUCAAAUCUGUCGACUACCGAGUUCCUUGCUUUGCAAAAGGCGUUAAUUGGCUCUCGUGGAAUACUUUGGGCCGUCCGAGGAGCAUAUCUUAACUCAUCUGACCCUACAACUAAUAUGGUGACUGGCCUUAGCAGAAGCAUUCGCUCGGAGACAAUGCUCAAGUUUGCAACCUUAGAUCUGGAUCCAGACAAUGCUAAUCUCGGUGAGAGCACAACCAAAGCUAUACUUGACGUCUUCAAAGGUGUCUUUGGUCCAGAGGUCAAUGCGAACUGCGAACUUGAAUUCAUGGAGAGGAAGGGAGUAAUGCUCACACCACGUAUCAUACACGACACAGAAAUGAACGAAUACGUUCACAAACAAACAAAAGCUUCUGCUCUGGAGUUGGCACCAUUUGGACAAGAAGAUCGACCACUGAAUAUGGCUAUCUCAGUGCCAGGUGCUUUUGAAACUCUUCACUUCAUCGAUACAUCGCCUGAGGAAUCAAUAGAAGACGACGAGAUUGAGGUUGCGGUCAAAGCUAUCGGCAUGAAUUCAUUAGAUCUCACUGCUGCAUUAGGAAAUACCGAUCGUGAUGGCUUUGGGUGCGAAUGCAGUGGAAUUGUCACGAGGACGGGUAGUCAUGUCACCAACUUUACCAAAGGUGAUCGUGUUGCAGGUAUAUCGGUUACUGGGGGAGUAUACUCGAGUCAUGCUAGUAUGAAGGUGCCUUUGGCGUUCAAGAUAAAUCAUGAUAUAUCCUUCGAAGUCGGCGCCUCUAUUCCCAUGGUAUUUUGUUCUGCAUAUUACGGAUUGAACGACAUUGGACGAUUGCUUCCGGACGACACCAUUUUAAUUCAUGGAGGAACCAGUGCUUUCGGACAAGCAGCUAUCAGUCUCGCUCAAAGUAUGAGUGCCAGGAUUUUCGUAACGGUUGGUAGCAUUGAAAAAAGGGACUUGCUCAAGGAUAUGUAUGGCCUCUCCGAAAAUGAAAUAUUUGUGUUCCACAAUACUUCGUUCGGACCAAAUACACUACAACAAACAUACAAAGGUGACUUUGACGUUGUGUUGAAUUGCAUCUCUACAGAUACGGAUACUCUGCAAGAGAUUUCUGCAUGUUUAAGUAAUUUUGGACGAUUCAUCAAUCUCGGAAAACAAGAAAAUCAUGCAAAAGUCGAAAGCGGAACCAAUAGGAGUUAUUCUUCUGUCGAUUUGAUAUCUCUGGGCAUCGAAAGGCCAAAGAUAUUGAGUAAUCUUCUUUCGCAAAUCUCCAGCUUCUUGACUCAAGGUAUCAUCAAGCCCACCAGCCACACAAUCUUCCCGAUCUCGGAUAUUGAGACAGCAUUCAAGACUUUACAAUCUGCAAAAUUUGAUGGAAAGUUAAUUAUUGCUCCAAAGCCAGAAGAUUUGGUCAAGGCCACUCCAGCUGAUAAAAGUAGCAAAAUACUUCGCCCAGAUGCCACAUACAUUCUCAUUGGAGGAACUGGUGGUUUGGGUCGAAGUAUGGCCAGAUGGAUGGUUAGCAAAGGUGCCAAACAUCUUGUUCUUGUGUCAAGAAGUGGCUCCGUUACUGGAAAAGUGAAGGUGUUGAUUGAUGAUCUUGGGACUGUCGGUGCGAAUAUCGUGGUUCGACGUUGUGACGUUGCGAAUAGCGAUGCGGUGAACAAUCUUAUUACAAAUGAGCUUACUGGUAUGCCUGAAGUGAGAGGUGUCAUUCAUGGAGCCAUGGUUCUUCGAGAUGUUUUGUUUGAGAAAAUGACAUAUGAGGAGUAUACCACAGUCAUCGAAUCGAAAGUUCAAGGUGCAUGGAAUUUCCACAAUGCUUUACAAUCGCAACAAUUAGAUUUCUUCGUUGCCAUUUCAUCCGCAGCUGGUGCAGUAGGAAACAGAGGCCAAGCCGCAUACUCUGCUGCCAAUACCUUCCUGAAUGCAUUCGUUCAGUAUCGCCUAACAAAGGGGUUACCCGCGUCAUCCCUCGAUCUAACUGCCGUAUCCGACGCCGGCUAUCUCGCUGAAAAUCUCGAAGCUGCAGCCGAAGUGAGCAAAAAUCUCGGAAGCGACACAAUUUGCGAAGCAGAAGUCUUAGCACUCCUCGGGGCUGCCAUCAUUGGUCGCCUCUCCAGCACAUGUAACAAUCACACGAUAACCGGAAUGCGGAUCACGGAUCCCCCACCCUUCUGGACUCCCGACGCCAAAUUCAAACAUCUACGACUCGCCCACGAAGCCCUCUUAUCCUGUCCAUCCUCCCCCUCCGCAAACAUAUCUUUCAACACUGCAUUGAAAAACGCAUCUACACUUGAAGAAGCGCAAGAAGUUGUGACGCGGGGACUUUUACAUAUUUUACCUUCGGUAUUGAUGUUGGAAGCGGAGGAUAUGGAUGUCACGCGAAGUUUAUCUAAUUAUGCGUUGGAUUCACUUGUGGCGAUUGAAGUGAGGAAUUUCAUUGCAAGGGAAUUUGAGGCGAAUUUGCAGGUUUUGGAAUUGUUGAGUAGUGGGAGUAUUGAGACGUUAGCCAGGGGGAUUUGUGGGAAGAGUAAAUUGUGUAGUUUUUAG